AUGGCAGAUAAAAGAAAGCUUCAAGCCGAAAUCGACCGUUGCAUUAAAAAGGUCCAGGAAGGAGUGGAACUGUUCGACGAGAUAUGGGAGAAAGUUCAUGAGGCGAUCAAUUUGAACCAAAAGGAAAAAUUCGAGUCCGAUUUGAAGAAAGAAAUAAAAAAGUUACAGCGCCUUCGCGACCAAAUCAAAGGAUGGCAGAAUUGCAACGACAUCAAGGACAAGACUCAGUUACAGGAAUUCAGGAGACUUAUUGAACAGAAAAUGGAGCAGUUUAAAGUUGUGGAGCGCGAAACGAAAACCAAAGCCUAUAGCAAGCAAGGUUUGGGUGCGGAACAGAAAGUUGAUCCGAGAGAGAAGGAGAAGGAAGAGACAAUCGGCUGGCUGCAAGUGCGCCCAUUUCAUUUACAAUUACUUUCGCACUUAACAUCGUAUAUGAAACCGCAUAAACAGGACCGAUUGGACGAGCUGCGACGACUGAUGGAGAGACACAAAUAUCACGUUUUAAAGUUGGAGUUGAUUUUGCGUUUAUUGAACAACCAUAGCGUCGAGGCCCACCAGAUUCCGUCCUAUUAUCCGCAAGUACCUCCUCCUAUGGCAGACACUUUGGAAUAUUUCAAUCGGCUCAGUCCUGAAACGUUGUUCUUCAUCUUCUACUAUAUGGAAAAAUUUUUGAAUAAUUUUCCAUUCUGUUAUCUUCAGACAUUUAAAUAUUCCGUUGUAAAUUAA